AUGGGCUUCCCUUUUCAUGUCACCGAACACGUCAUUGACGCCCAAUAUAUUCGAGAUAAUGCUCGCGCCACAGCGACCGCAAAUGCCCCCUUGAAGCUGUGCAUUAAGCAAUAUACACCUCUCGAUAAUACUAACCCCCAGCCCGGUGACGUGACCUUUAUCGCCGCUCAUGGCAUUGGAUUCCCCAAGGAAUUAUACGAGCCUCUUUGGGAGGGUCUGCUAGCUCGGUCCAAACAAGAUGGGUUCCGCAUCCGCGCGAUCUGGAUAGCCGACGCGGUGAAUCAAGGGGCCAGCGGCAUUGUCAAUGAGCAUAUUCUCGGCAACGACAACACUUGGUCCGAUAACAGCCGCGAUGUCCUUCAUAUGAUAUCCCAUUUCCGCACCGAGAUGCCGCAGCCAAUAAUGGGUGUUGCCCAUAGCGCGGGUGCAGUGUCACUUACCUUUGCCGCCCUUUUCCACCCGAGACUCUUCGCUUCUCUCCUCCUCGUCGAGCCCUUUAUCUCCGACAGACCGCAUGAGGGUGGCGGGGCCGAAAUAAUUACAAUGGCGACUUUAAAGCGCGACACCUGGCCUUCGCGCGAAGCCGCAGCCAAAGAGAGUCGCAAAUUCCUCCGUGUCUGGGAUCCGCGCGUAUUCCAGCGUUGGACGGAAUUCGGGUACCGCGAAUUGCCCACUGCGAUCUAUCCGUCGGCACCCGCCACCCCCGGCGCUGUCACACUGACCACCACGAAACACCAAGAAAUCAUGUCGCUCACAUACAUCAAUCAACGGGAAAACAUUAUAGUUCAUGUUCCCGGAGAAAACCGCGACGAGAACGAGGCCAAGCAAAGAUCUCCGGUCCCCGAGAGACAGGUUUACCGGACUGAGCCUAUGAUUGCCUUUAAAAUGCUACCAUAUCUUGCACCACCAACCCUUUGGAUCAGCGGGUCCCGGAGCCCGCUUUACACAACUGGUAUCCAUGAGGAGGCGGCGAAGAUCACUGGAAAAGGAUUCCAAGGCAAUGUUGGGGUGGCGUCUGGUGUUGUCAACCAUGUUGUAAUUGAAAAGGGUAACCAUACGCUUCCAUUGGAGAAGAUCGACGCCACGGCAGCGGCGAUGGGGCCUUGGAUUCAGCGGGAGGUGCAACGUUGGAAGCAGAAUGAAGCUCAGACAUCGCAAGAAUGGGGGCCUCUUUCUUCAAAAGAAAAAUCUACCAUUCCUUUGGAGUGGAUGGAAACGUUGAAGAUUGCCAAAGCCAAUCUUUAA